AAAAUUCUUUGAGAAAGAAAAUUUGAAAUUCUCAUAGAAAAAGUAACAUCAUCAACAAUAAAAAUAAUUAAAAUUGAAUUUAUACGCUGAGAUGGCAACCAGAUACUUGACAGAAUUGUUUUCUUUGAUGAGAAAUUCACAUAGUUACAGAAAUAAUCAUUUUUCGCGUGACAGUGACAGUGAAAGACUCUUAAAACGAAAAAAUUCUGGUUCAGAUGAGGAAGUUGAGCUUAAUGAAGAAUGUAUGUUGCCACCAAGUUGGUACGAUCUUGUCGAAAACACAAAGUACACAAUUUCAAAAGUUGCAACGAAAAUGGUUGAGUUGGAAGCAUUACACAAAAAGCUUCUUCGUCCAGAUUUUGUAGAAAAAAGCGACGAUGAAAUUCAAAUGGAGAUUUUAGGACAGGAAAUAUCGAAGUUGAUUGGAAUAGCCCAUAAGAACAUCAUGGUGAUUAAAUCACAUCAAUUCACGACAAGCAGUGGACAAGAACGAAAAUUAAUUGAAAACAUCGUUAGAGGCUUAAUUGUGAUUCUUCAGAAUCAAACUGCUACUUUCCGAAAUGAACAGAAUGCAUAUUUGAAGCAAAUUCAUUCAUUGGAAGAAUACACGAACGACUUUUUUGACUCUCUAAACUUCAAUGGAACGACGAAUGAAGAAUCAGCAAAUAAAACAUCAGUUGAAACUUUUGAUAAUUUCCUUAAACCUACAGCAUCCUCAUCGUCGGGCUUCAAUCCGAGUCAACUUGAUGAUCUUGAGAACGACGAACGUCUCGAUGAAUAUUUCCAAAUCAAACCAAAUCAGAAAUUAAAUCAGAAGCAACUGCUUCAGUUUGAAAUUGAUAACACAAAAAUGAUGGAAGCUCGAGAAAAAGAAGUUAUGGGAAUUGUAAAGUCCAUAGUUGAAUUAAACCAAGUUUACAAAGAUUUAUCAAACUUAGUGCAGGAGCAAGGCACAAUUUUAGAUAGAAUCGAUUAUAAUGUUGAAUCAACACAGUCAAGAGUUUAUCAAGGGUUAAAGGAACUUCAGAAAGCAGAAAGAUAUCAUCGAACUAAUAGGAAAAUGUACUGCAUCUUUAUUCUCAGUGUUGUGACACUUUUCAUGAUUAUUCUAUUGAUUUUAACUAAAUUAUAAAUCAUUCAUUCCAUAUAUUAAUGUUACUUAGUCUAAACAAAUGUCUAAUUUAUUGAAAAUUAUUAUUGAAAAAUAAAGUUUUAAUCAUAAAUGUAGUUAAUCA